CUCGGCCCCAGAUCAGCCCAGAGCCACAGAAGUUUCCCUUCCAGUGCUGACUGCCUGUGGUUCAACAUGGCUACAAGCAAGGACAAGGCAGUGUUGGAAAGUAUCUUCCACCCCCAUGCCCCCUUUGGUGGCAUCUCCGCUGAAGAGGAGCAGCAGCCUCAGAAGCACCAGGAAGAAGAAGGCGCAUUUGACCCAGAGCUGCUGGAACAAGCCAGAAUUCUGGAGCACCAGGGGGUCACCGCAGCGGAAGCAGGAGACGUGGACGGGGCUUUGGAGAGGCUGGACCGAGCCAUUCAGCAGCUUCCCGAGCGAGCCUCCACCUACAACAACCGAGCACAGGCCCUCCGCCUCAAGGGUGAAGUUGCAAGUGCCCUGAAGGACUUGGAUGUGGCCCUGAAGCUUAGCAAAGGCACUGGCCACGUGGCAUGCCAGGCGUUUGUGCAGCGGGCCCUGAUCCGGCGGCUGCAAGGGUGCGAGGAGGAGGCCCGGAGGGACUUGGAGCAAGCAGCCAGCUUGGGCAGCCCCUUUGCCCACCAGCAGCUGGUCCGGAUGAACCCGUAUGCAGCCCUCUGCAACCAGAUGCUGUCAGAAGUUAUGGGGAAGCUGCGCAGCCCCAGGGGAGAGCCCCAGCCUUCCUCAGGGGGAGAAGAGUGAUGCUCGGAGCUCUUGCCCCAGCCCGUGGCUUGGUCUGCUAUUCCAGCAGCAGAUGCAGGAGCAGCUCCGAGCAAAACAAAUUGCAGUUGAAUCUAAAUGGUGAGCCUGAAUAAAGCACGCAAAGGAAGCACCUUGGAAA